AUGGAGAAAUUUUCCCAGUUUCGGGAUCGAGGCUCGGGCAUUGCGCCCUUCCUCCCCAUUCCCUCCGAGCCGCUUGGCCUGCAAGCACCCAUCCGGGUCUUCCUCUUUUGCUUUCGCUUACCCUUAUUCAUCUUUGUGACCCUGGCCUAUUUCCUCAUUUUGCAAUGGCUUCCCAUUGGAUCACUGGGCAAGAAGGCUGCGUUGUGGUGCAUUCUUGGCGUCCCGAGCAUCUGGUGGAUUGACCUCCAGGUGGAUGGUGUUCGGAAAGGCUCUCUUUCCAAGCAACGGCAAGCUCGUCUUCCCCAGCCCGGCUCCGUGAUUGCCUCUUCAUUCACCUCCCCCAUCGACGCGAUCUAUUUGGCGGCGAUUUUCGAUCCAAUCUUCACCGCAUCCUACCCAAACACCCGCCAGGUUGAGCGCAUAUCUCUUCUCCAGGCCGUCCUACGAGCUUUUGCAUCACCCUCGACCCGCCCCAAGCCCGGGACCCAGCUGGUGGACGUCGCCAGCCUGGUCGAGCAGUACCCGAGCCGACCGAUAGUGAUCUUCCCGGAAUGCACCACUACCAACGGCCGCGCAAUCUUGCCCCUGAGCGAAUCGUUACUCGGUGCUGCCUCCAAGACCAAGAUCUUCCCCGUCAGUCUGCGGUACAGCCCCGCAGAUGUCGUGACUCCUCUUCCGGGAAGCUACAUCAGCUUCCUGUGGACGCUGCUCAGCAAACCGACACACGGCAUCCGCGUGCGUAUUGCCGAGGCUGCGGCAAUCGCCCGCAGUCCGCUGGACACUCCGCCCAGCCGCUCAACACGGAAGUCGACCUACAACACCAAUUACCUCGAUACUCUGGACGAGUUGGCUGCCGACAGUGAGGCAGUGAUGGAAAAGGCGAUGCUGGAUCAUGUGGGAGAAGCGCUCGCUCGCAUGGGCCGGGUCAAGCGCGUGGGCCUGGGCGUCAAGGAGAAGCAAGAUUUUGUACGCAUGUGGACCAAGACUCGGUCUACGUGGUGA